AUGUUCAACACCUCCAUCUUCGAUAACGCCGCCUCCAGCCUGCUGGACAGCGGCCAGGAAUUUCUAAAUGUGCCUCAGCCCAUUGAUAUAACCCACCAGAGGCAGCCCAGUAUCUUCAACAACUCCAGGUUCCGUAGGGAGCUGAUUGCACAUUCCCAAGGCAUGGGAGGUGUUUCCUGGGGCUCUGUGACUAUUGGCCUGUGGCUCAAGGACGAGGUGAUGAUGUAUCAGAACCAUCCUCAGGGGAACAGUGCCAAUCUUCCGGGUAAUCUUAUAAACCCUAGAAGAGGGCUGUUUCGAAUGUCGCUGGUGGCGGCUCCCGUGGCGGCUCAGAAUGCUGCUAAUCUUCACGCUGGAACGCUUUCGCCGCCAAACACUACCCUGUACCUUCCUACGUUAGAAGCUGACUACUGUAAAGACUAUUCGUGCUGUGGCCAGCUCUUGCCCACGCUACACGACUUGCUUAGACACUACGAGGAGGCCCACAUUCUGGCGUCGCCGCCUCAGGAAGCCAACUCGCAUAUCCUUGCGGCCCACCGCAAUAGAAACAAUAUUAACAACAUCCAUAAUGUCAUGGAGACCGUGCUGACCACAGAUGUGUUCUUGAACAACCACCAUCACCAGGCUGCGCAGCAACAACAGCAGCAGCAGCAACAGGCCCAGGGCUCUUUGCAUCUCCCGGCAAAUCAUUUCAACCUCCAGAACCAGACCAUAAGCCAGGGCGCCGUUCCAGGGGCCAUGCUGCCUUCUGGCAAUGGUACUCCUCAGCAACAGCAUGUAAACCAGCAACAGAGACAUCUCCCGCCUCACAGAGUCAACCAGGCGGUUGCAGAUGCCGACUCCGAUAGCAUGUACAUUGACGACCCAGCUCGCCACUUGUACGUGAUGGAGAAUGAAGAGUACAAGCCUUUCAAGUGUCCUGUGAUUGGCUGCGAAAAGACAUACAAGAACCAGAAUGGUCUCAAGUACCAUCGUCUUCAUGGCCACCAGAACCAGACACUCAAGGAGAACGACGACGGAACGUUUUCCAUCAUCGACCCGGAAUCCAACACUCCUUACCUUGACGGAGCCGGCAUGGAAAAGGAUAAGCCUUACCGUUGUGAGGUCUGUGGCAAGCGCUACAAGAACUUGAAUGGUCUCAAGUACCACAGAGGCCAUACUACUCAUUAA